CUCGUGCAAAGCGCAUCGUAUAGCGGACAUCGCCUAUAUCGCAUGUACAAUCGUAACCCCAAAGAUCGAGCGUGCAAAUAAAGCGACGAAAACGAGUUUCGCAAAGAGCAGAGCCAUAUUCCAUAUUCCAUAUCGAAUGACUGAGUUACUGAGUAACUGAAUAAGCGACCAAUAAAGUGUUACUUGGCACAUCCAACUAGCUCCGUUGCAGCGACGUGGUGGCCUAUAUUCAAAAUAGAUCAGAGAUCGACUCAACGGCAGCUGCACCGAACGGCAGGAGGAGAUGCGGCGAUGAGGAGCUGAGCAGCUGAGGAGAUCGCCAUGUGAGAAGAGCAAAACUAGUUUCCCAUUUGCGCGCUUAUGCUAAGUAAUAAUAAUAAAUAAGCGCAGUAGUCUCUUGUUCGCCGUUCGAGAAGUGACCUAAAAAUACUGGUUUCGAGUGCGGUUUGGCGUGAGAACGUGCAGCAUAGCUACUACCAAUGGCCACAGCCGCCGGAACAGCAGCCACCGCCGUGGUGGUGAAGAGGCCUGGUCCUCCAGUUCCACCCAGGCCCAGAGCAGCCCAGGUGGCCAGUGGAGGAGGAGUGCCUCCAAUCAUUCAGAAGAAGCCCACCUUCGUUAGCCAACUGAGUGCGGUGGGUCGCACUUUGGUCUACAAAUCCCCAUCCGUUAAUCUCCCCAAGAAGCAGGCCCAGACACAGACACCCACUACGGCAGUCCCGACUCCUCCGGUUAAGCCCCUCAAGCUGCGUAAAGCACCCGAUGUGCCAACGGCCAAGCCCAGGGAGGCAGUAACUUCGGUGGUCACGGUCAAUCGCCAUAACUCGAUUAGCGUGAUUGGGGGUUCCCCACAGACCACGCCCCGCAAGGACACCCGUUUGAGCCUGGGAAGGGUGGAUUUCGAGAGGGCGGGUCUCCAGCCGGCUAGCCAGCCACUUCCCAGACCACGGAAAAUAGUUCAGCUACCCGUGGCCACUCUAGAUGUGGAGGAUCUACCGGUGGCAGCCACUAACCCACCCACUGGGCUCUUCAGAAGAUCAAAGACCACUUUGGAUGGUUGCCAAAAGGAGUCGGGAACGUCCCCACAUAAUGGAGGGUUCCUGGCCGGGCGGACUGUGGAGAUCAAGAACAAUCUGAAAAACGCCGCAGAGCGUCUGUUCUCGGAAAUAAUCAUAAAUCAGAGCCAGAAACAGGCGGCCACCGAUACCACCAUUAUAACCAAGCACGAGGCCCUGAAACAGGAGUCGGAUAUCCUGACCAUCCAGUCAACGGGAAAUUGCAUGAGGAUUAAUGUGAACGGCGGACAGUCCGGUACCAUUAAGAGUUCAAUUAGUGUGGGCAAUACUCCACAGAAGAAGCAAGCCUUCCACGAGAUGCUCAUCUCAGAGCUGGCCGCCAUGAGGAACAAGUCCUGUUCGCUGGAGCAGCUUCCCACCAAAUCCCUCUCGCCCCCAACCACAUCCACACCCAAAAGCGUGGUAUCGCGAAGGCGCUAUAACUCCAUCGAUGACGCUGAUACCGAGGACGUGGAUGCGGACAAUGUGGAGGAUGCAGAUGGUGAUGAAGAGGAUACCCUCACCUAUGCUGUCAACAAGUCGUUGAAGGAGAAUAUUGUCAACGAUGGCUCUUCAUCUAGAAAGCGCUGUCCCUCGGGCUGCUCCACCGAUUCAUCGCCCUACGGAACCGAAAGAUCCCAACGCAUUCGCACCUCGGAUUGGAUAGAGGUGGGCGACAAUGGCACUGCCGUAACUCUGACCAGUUGCCACAUCAGCCUCGAGGACUCGGGCAUGGAGGAUGAGGAGCGGCUGGACGAUAUGUCCUCGGGAGUGGGCGAUAGUUGGGACAGCGUUAAGGAGGCCGAGACCGAGAAACGUACUCGCAACGGAAAACGUGGAAACUUCGUUUGCGAGCUGCCCCCGCUGCCAAAAUCCCUCAUUGGCUUUAACAAACUAUUGUGCUCCGACUCGGGACUCUUGAGCGAUGUGGAAGGAAACAAUAACAGCAGCGAUAUCAGCCAAAAACCAAACGACACUUUUACGGGGGAGACCCAGGAUGGCAGCAAGAAUGCCGUCGAUAAGUCACUGCCCUCCUCGCCGAACGGAAACACGGCAAUACCACCGAUGGCAGCGAAAUCCGAACCCAAAUCCCCCAGUUUAUCCGCCAAAGGAAACCCCCAAGCAGUCGAAGCAGGCAGCACUCUGGAUGCACAAAUCGCGACGCUGCGGAAGGAAAUGCACGGACUGCGUCAACUAGAUCUCUCGUUGUUGUCACAACUGUGGGUGCUUAACGAAUCCAUCCAAGAGUUCCGUGCCCUGAUCGAGGAUCAGGAGAACGAGGAUGAGGACGACGAGGUGGACAAUGGCAACGAAGUGGAUGAGGAGGGCAACAGCCGUAUCUCCUCCUCCGUGGAAUCAGUGAGAUUCGAAGGAGGUGCGGAUGCCAGGAUGCCGAAGCAUCUGGGAACCAUACCAAAGGUCAUAACGACGCAGCCAAAGGUGCUAAAGGAUGCGCUGGCCAGCAAGGACCAGAAGCCGGUGCCUAGGAUGCGGAGCGCCCCACCGCCGCCACCUCCCGUCGUGCUGCAGACGUCCUUGGAGCGAAAGCCGCCGGCACCUUCACGGCCCACAUGAUGUUACCUUUCGGACUUCCUCGCCGGAGUCAGGAUGGUCAUGUGCAAGGCGAUCGUGAGCGAUGUGCCCGCCUCAUCCGCGUCCGCUUCCUAUGGAGGAGAGGGAUCCCCCUUCGGAAUGGACCAGAAGAGCUGUUUGGGCAACCAAGGCGGCCUGCUCCAAGCAUAGUUUAAGUUGAUAUAACCGAUAAACAAGGUGGACGAGCGAUUUACGAGCGAACUGAUCUAAAUUUUGGGUGAACUAGCAGUUCCCGAGGUGCCCUAAGUAAUCCUGAUGAAUUAUCUGCUGCUUACCUCAAUAUAGGAAGACCCAACAUAUUAUAUAAUUGGUAGAAUUCGUAAGACCAACCUCUGUGGUUAGGAGUCCUUUGUGAUCUUCAGUUGUAAGCUUAUUGUACAUUUUUCUCUUGUGGUUUGGGCUUUGAUGGGUUUCACCGAUAACUUUUGUUUUUGUUUAAUAUCCCUACUACUCGUUAAGCUUAGCUGUCAAAGUAUGUCCUGGAUCGACUGGAUCGCCUGCAUCCUGUGGCUAUACUCCACCACGCAUUUGACCAGUAACAUUUGUAUAUAGCAAUUUUCCUGGCUAGCUGCUGAACAUUUUAUAAACCUAACGACAAGCAUAAAGAAUAAAAAACUUGAAAGAA